UACCGGCCUCGUCUCGUAGCCAGUUACCAGCGAUCAGCGUCUCUCCGUGCUCGCCCGAGACCGCGGAUGAGAGCAGGCCCAGCAGCGGUCCAGCGUCGCGAAUUCGAUCCUCGAUCACGUGUGAAUCGUUGGACGGGAUCGGUGAUCACGUCGCUCGUCUUGGGCCGUUUUCGCCUGAUCGCAGCCACGUGACUAGGUGGGCCAUCCGCGGCCUAGACGCAGUGUCGUAAAACAGUGUCGGGCUAGAGCGAUCUACGGUGCGAGAGAGGAAUCGUGGGCUCAGUCGGUGGAGAGGAGAGAGUGUAGAGGGAGAUGAAUGAGCGUGGGAUGCAUUGAACUGGUAGUGGUAGGUCCUCUUCCGUUUGUUUGGUCGCUAGAGUGUAGAGGUAAUAUAUCGUGGACGAUUCGGAUCAGGUUUACGCGACGGUGGUACGUGACAGUUGUGUUGCGAUGAGUUACGGUCAAUUUUUAGCCCCUGCGUAAUGUAAAACAACGCGUACACGAGUCCGCCUUUCUAUCUUUCGCUGUGCACCUUUUUAUCUACUCCUCUGCAAAGUCGAGUGCAAAAGUCAAGGUUAAGGCUGAAGAUUUACGCGUUCGAUAUACCCUAAACGCGUCGUCAGCGAUCGCGUUCGGCAUGGAUCCAAAGAUCGGUCAUCUCGCGAGCAAGCCUAUUAAUCGUCGCUACCGAUUCGCCAGCGCGAGCACGGUCGUGAGGUGUUUCGCAUAGGAAGAGAGCCGCUGACCGGUUAAGGAAAUCGAAAGAUCGCGAGGACUUGGGAAACGAUCGACCUCGAUGCAUCCCUCGCGACCGACGCCAAAAACGGAAUCGUGAUCCCCUUUGUGUUCGCGCGUGUGAAGUGAGAACGAGCUGACAGGCCGAGUGAUAAAUGCGGUUUAGAACCAGGACCCGACGUACCUCGAGCCGGAAGUCGAUGGACUCGCGAAGCUGACGAAAGCCGAUCCACGUAGGCGAUCGUGUAAACGCAGUUCGUUCAUCCGAUUCUUCAGCUGUUUGGUCCACGAGAGUACGUCGUCCGCGCGAGUUCUUCGGCCUUCCGCGAGCUUCUCCCAGUCUCUGCAGCCGGAAAAUGGCGCAUCUCCGACGACCAGCCAGACGGGAGCAUUACAAGCCCUUUGGCAGGAGAAAGGGCUCGGCAGACUCGAACUACUCACAGCCGAGCUCGGAUCUCUCGCUGGACGAGGAGAAAGAGAGCUUGCGUCGCGAGAAGGAGAGGCAGGCCCUCAAUCAACUUGAAAAAGCCAGGACGAAACCGGUAGCGUUUGCAGUGCGGACCAACGUGAGCUAUGACGGAUCCGUCGACGACGAUUCGCCAGUCCACGGCUCGGCUGUCAGCUUCGAGGUCCGUGACUUCCUGCACAUCAAGGAGAAGUACGACAACAACUGGUGGAUAGGUAGGCUCGUGAAAGAGGACUCGGACGUCGGUUUCAUACCAUCCCCGGUGAAAUUGGAGGCCCUGAGGCAGCAGGCGAGCGUCGCACGUGGCACGAAGGGUCUCUAUUCGGCGCGUGGAGGGUCUUCAGGGAACCUUGGCGAGAGUGGUAUGCCCUCACGUGGUUCCACACCACCUACACCAGGUGACGACAGCGACAGCGUGCGCGGCGGUAAGGCAACGUUGACCACGCCACCGGCUAAGGAGAAACGGAAGAACUUCUUCAAGAAGCCGUCCUACGAAACUACCACGCCGUACGACGUUGUACCAUCUAUGAGGCCUGUCGUCCUGGUGGGUCCAUCGCUGAAGGGUUAUCAGGUGACGGACAUGAUGCAGAAGGCGUUGUUCGAUUACUUGAAGCAUCGAUUCCGAGGCAGAAUAAUUAUCACUAGGGUAAUGGCUGACAUUUCACUGGCAAAGAGAUCGUUAUUGAACAAUCCAACGAAACGAGCCAUCAUGGAACGAUCUACCAGCAGGAGCAGCUGCUUGGCGGAGGUUCAAGCAGAGAUAGAGAGGAUUUUCGAGCUCGCCAGGACCCUUCAGUUGGUAGUUUUGGACUGCGACACGAUCAAUCAUCCGUCGCAGUUAGCGAAGACCAGUCUAGCGCCGACGAUCGUCUACCUGAAGAUUUCGUCGCACAAAGUGCUCGAGAGGUUGAUCAAGUCGCGUGGAAAGUCGCAGAUCAGACACCUGAACGUACAAAUCGUGGCUGCCGAGAAACUGGCCCAGUGCCCGCCGGAGAUGUUCGACGUGAUCCUCGACGAGAAUCAGCUGGAGGAGGCUUGCGAGCACGUGGCCGAGUACCUGGAAGCCUACUGGAGAGCCACGCACCCUCAAGUGAUCGCGACUGUGCCACGUCCGAUUCCUGCGCCGGACGCACCCGUCGACGCGCUAACACCCCGCGUCACAUCAGGUGCCCAUCAUGAGAGUUACUACGGCCACGAGCCAAGAGGAUCAGGCGGACACAUGAGCGAGGGCACUCGAAGAUCGAGGCUGGAGAGGAUGGAUCGUGAUCGGGGCGACCGUGGUGAACAGGACUACGGGAACGAGGAGGAAUCGUACGUCAGUGGCGUGGAAUAUGGCAGCACAUCGAGGCGUCGCCAGCAGCAAGACCCGCGCGCAUUGAACGCCAUUUAGGAGCUGGGGCCCCGGGGCCUGUCGCUACAGCGCUGUCCCCACCUGCGCACCACUGCUCUUUAGUGGGGUCGCCACCUGGUACGCUACCGAACGUACGAACGUGCUUACGCUACCGUAGCGAAGAAAAUUGUCGCUCUGGUCUGUUAGUGGGGUUUCUUUCCUGUCGCUACCCGUAAGAUGGUUCAUUUUGUUCGAUCACCGUAUAGAGCUAGACCCCUGUUCGCGCUGUCCCACGUUUAGAGUACGCCUUUCCGUUACGAUACUCUUUAGCCUUAGUGUACGCCAUUGUACGUAUCGCACGAGAGCCACGACACCCCUCCAUGGGGUCCUCAUUUCUAUUUUCGUUCCUCUUUCUGUUCGUUUUGGAUCUAGCUCGACGUAGAUCUCUCCGAUUGCAUCGUUUUUUCUCAUUAUUCGUAUCGACGAGGCGUGCACGCGAGAUUUUCCUUUUUGUUCACGAGAUAGAGCCUCGUAGAGACGCGUCGAGCGUCUUUUGGUAGAGAUCGCUGGACUUUCCAAUCGUAGCUGCUUUUGCCCUGAUUUGCUGGAUUGUUGAAGCGCGCGUGCACGCUCGCGAGGAGAUAUGUACGCGAAUGUUUUUACCGACGUACCCUAUAUUCCGUUGCGAUUUCACGAUACCGUGUACGAGCUUUUCGUACGAGGCCAGAAUUGGCGAACUGGCGUUUUCGUUUUGUCAACCUGGUUCCACGAUAAACGGCGUAAUCGUCGUGACAGAGCAACGUGUCCAUUGCUGUGACAGACAUGUAGAUUCUAUUUUUCGUAAUCGUAUCUCGAUCAAAUGCCUCGUUGAUUUCGGCAACGACCGUUUCGAUCGUACGAUAGUGACCGUACCAAGUAGAGAUCCUGAUCUAGAAACUCAUAGUUGUUGUUCGGGCAUACAGAGUAAAAUGGCUUUUUUCCGUUAUCCCUCGUUUUACAGAAUUUUCACAUAAGUUACAUGUUCGUUCACGUAAGCGGAGAGUGUGUGAGAGAGAAAGAGAGAGAGAGAGAGAGAGAGAGAGAGAGAAUGAGAGAGAGACGGAGCGUGCGUGGCCAACGAAAACUUUCACGAGCAUUUUUUCCAACAGGAAUUCCGCAAAACGAUGGGCGGGUUGAAACGAUAAUCGAUUGUCCUUGUCGAUGUGGUACGCACAGGAUAAAUCCCCCAUUCGCGGAGCCAGCUCAACGAGAUGAGUAGAAACGAGAAAAAUCGCGUGAACAUACCAAAGAAACACAGAUUUGUGAGAAAGAGAGAAAAAGAGAGAGAGAGAGAGAGAGAGAGAGUGUGAGAAAGAGAUGGAAAAGGGUAUGAAAGAGAAGAAGCGAGAGAGGCAGAGAGAAAGAGAAAAACAGCCCUGGGGCCUUAAUUUUUGCGCUGACUCCUCCCGGGCCCCUAUACCCACCCCCACGAGAAGCAUCGGAUUCUGAGAUCGAUGAUAUAUCAACCAGCUAGGAAUAUACUCGUGAAUCGGCAUCGGGUCUUUAUUAACGGCGCGAGAACUUCGCUCGAAAUUAGGUAGACGAUCGUUUGGAGCUAACGAUACGAUAAAUGAAACGCAAAACGAAACGCAAAACGAAACGUGAAUCGAAGAGUGCGUGAAACGAGAAUCGAGAGAAGCGGAGAGAAAAAUCGAGGAAAGGAAAAAUAGGAGAAAAAAUGGAUAAACGUGAGAAACGAGAAAGCUCGACGCGAAUUUCGCGUGGAAUUCUUACAAUUCGGCCGGCGGAACAGCGAUAGUUGCUUCCACUUAGAGAAAUAUGGCGGAGAGGGUGAAAAAAUGCGAAAUAGAAAAAGAGAUGAUGGAGAGUCACUCUAGUCGAUUACCUUAGGAUCGAUUCGCAUGGUUAAAUUCUUAUUAUAGAAAUUUCGAGAUUCCGCGGCGUGCUAGUCGACGGAAUUUCAACGAUUUUCACGCUCGAGCACGGGAGAAACGUAAAACGAAACGAAUUAACGUGCGUGGCGAUGGGUUUGGAUUGAUCUGAUAAUCAUUAUCGUUCGCGAUUGAAAGUUUUCGAUUAUCGAUACGAUGGCGCGUUGAUGAUCGCCGCGCUAGGCCGACGUGUUUAUACGUUUUAUUAGAGUCUAUUUGGUGAAAAAGAAUACACACGCAAACAUACACGCACGCUACACAUGCGCGUACAGACAUACACGGACACACGUACACGAGGACACGGUGAAACACAUUUUGUGUAUAUAGUAUACAUACAUAAAUAAUAUUAUAUAUAUUGUAUACGUAUGCACGCAGUGAACACUUCCACCUUUGUCACUCGACAGAUUCCGAUCGUGGUAACGACACGCGAGAGUGAGAGCGAAUGAACGAGAAAAUGACGAGGUAUGGAGUGAAAGUGAAAGAGAGCGAAGGAAAAUGAUACUAUACCAUAGAGAUCGAUAGAUAUCGUGUAAAUAUUGUAAGAAGCCUUUAAACGAAAACGAGUCCUUUCCGUUUCGAUUUUGUCGCGAAUGCAGCGUCGUCGACUGCAUCGAGGAUCACGUUUAACGCUGAUGCCGAGUAUUUGUCAGAUUUCUCAUUGUUUUUACGGAUUUUCGACACUUUCGGUCCUCGUGAUCAAGCGUGGACGCUUUCUUCACGCACUACGAACUCGCUGCAAUUAAAGUACGAGAGAUAUUUAUCGAAUAAUCGAAUCGACGCAUACACGUGUACACGCAAACACAUUCGCAAACACACACAUACACGUACACGUACAUAUACAAGCAUAGACACACGCAGAGACACUUGAUCAUGCCACCUACACGAGUCCAAUGAUGGCAACCGAUAUUACCGAUCGUGUAAAUUGGACUAUUUUCUUUUUAGAGGCACGCAUCAACGUUGUUUCUUAAGUAGAACGAACGAAUCUCGGGCACGCCGUUCUUCGCAAAAAUAGCCUUGCACAC